UGUAGUACCAGACAGAGUUAUCGACCGGUGCCAUGUCAGGGAACCCAGUGGCCGGCGCGCCGGGUGCCGCCGAGCCGUAUGCGCCGCAGGCGACCUACAACUUCAGCGCCCGCCUCGCGCUCACCGUCUCUUUGGUUCUCCUGAUGAUCACCGUCGUCGUCGUCGUCAUCCCUCUCAUGGUUUACCUGAUGAUCACUCGCUCACGCAGAGGCGGCGGCCACGGCCUCGCCGGCGGCAUCCUCCGGUCCGUUGGCAUGAUCAGCAGCCGGCGGCACGGGUUGGACGCGUCCGCGCUCUCGGCGCUGCCGGUCACCGCGUACCGGAAGGAGAGCGGCGCAGCCGCGAGGGCUGAGUGCGCCGUGUGCCUGGCCGAGCUCGCCGACGGAGACGAGGCGCGCGAGCUGCCCAACUGCGGCCACCUGUUCCACUUGGAGUGCGUCGACGCCUGGCUGCGCACCAGGACGACGUGCCCUCUCUGCCGGGCCCAGGCGGCCGGGCUGCCCGGCGAGAACGGGAAGGCACAGCCGUCGUCGUCGGUGGCGGCCGCGGAGCCGGCGUUGAUUGGUGCUGCCGGAGGAAGCUUGACCGCGACCGCGCAAGGUGGCUCUCCGUGUACCGAGAAAGACGCGCGGGUGUCAACAUCCGGAUCUCCCUGCUAGAAGUAAUCAGAUAGUAGCCUACUUGUACUACUGUUCAAACUAUUUCUUGUAGUAUUUGAGUCGGCUUGUAUUUUUUUUUUAAAUGAAGGCAUACCCCCGGCCUCUGCAUCAUAAUGAUGCAUGCAGUCAUCUUAUUAA